CAUUUCAAAUAAAACAUCAAUUUCACAAUUCAAAUAUGGUAAACAGCUCUCCAGCCAAUAUGGUAACUCUCGAGCAAGUCAGGAAUGAACAACGUGCUAGGGGGCCUGCCACUGUGUUGGCCAUCGGAACCGAGGUUCCUUCUAAUUUCGUCGAUCAGAACACUUUUCCGGAUUAUUAUUUUCGUGUCACAAACAAUCAACAUAAGACUGAGUUGAAGGAGAAGUUCCAACGCAUAUGCGAGAAGUCUACGGUAAAGAAGCGACACUUGUACUUAACCGAGGAGAUUUUGAAAGAAAAGCCAGAAUUAUGCGAGCACAUGGCGCCGUCAUUGGAUACCAGGCAAGACAUUCUGGUGGUUGAGACACCGAAGCUGGGAAAAGAAGCAGCCUUGAAAGCUAUCGAAGAAUGGGGACAACCCAAAUCAAAGAUCACCCAUGUAGUCUUCGCCUCAAAUGGCGGCGUCGAAAUGCCCGGGGCAGACUACCAUCUGACCAAACUCCUCGAACUUAAUCCUUCAGUUAAACGUACCAUGAUUUAUAUGCAAGGAUGCUUCAUCGGAGGAACAAUGAUCCGAUUAGCCAAGGAUUUCGCUGAGAACAACAAGAACGCGAGAGUUCUCAUCAUCUGCACAGCGAUAACCGCGAUGAAUUUCCGCGGUCCAAGCGAGAAACAUCCCGAAGACCUAGUCUCUCGAGCGCUGUUGGGCGACGGAGCAGGGGCCCUUAUAAUCGGAGCUGAUCCUUUGCCGGUGGAGAAGCCGUUGUUCGAAUUGGUGUCUGCGGCGCAAACGAUUUUACCUGAAAGCGAUGGGGUGAUUGUGGGUUAUCUGCGUGAAGUAGGGCUGAUGUUAAAUCUGAGUAAAGAUGUUGUUAAGAUUAUAUCUAAGAACAUUGAGAAAGCCCUGGUAGAAGCAUUUCAACCACUGGGGAUUUCAGAUUGGAAUUCAAUUUUCUGGAUCGCUCAUCCAGGUGGGCCGGCGAUACUUGAUCGAAUAGAGGCGGAGUUGGGAUUGAAAGGAAAGAAGCUUAGGGCGUCUAGGCAAGUGUUGAGCGAUUAUGGAAAUUUGUCGGGCGGGAGUGUGUUUUUUAUAAUGGAUGAGAUGAGGAGGAAAUCCAAGGAGGCAGGGUUGAAGACGACCGGAGAAGGGCUUGAGUGGGGAGUCCUGUUUGGGUUUGGGCCGGGGAUUACGGUGGAGACGGUGGUUCUCCGUAGCGUCGCCAUAAAACAUCAAUUUCACAAUUCAAAUAUGGUAAACAGCUCUCCAGCCAAUAUGGUAACUCUCGAGCAAGUCAGGAAUGAACAACGUGCUAGGGGGCCUGCCACUGUGUUGGCCAUCGGAACCGAGGUUCCUUCUAAUUUCGUCGAUCAGAACACUUUUCCGGAUUAUUAUUUUCGUGUCACAAACAAUCAACAUAAGACCGAGUUGAAAGAGAAGUUCCAACGCAUGUGCGACAAGUCAAUGGUAAAGAAGCGGCACUUGUACUUAACCGAGGAGAUUUUGAAAGAAAAGCCAGAAUUAUGCGAGCACAUGGCGCCGUCAUUGGAUAUAAGGCAAGAGAUUCUGGUGGUUGAGACACCAAAGCUGGGAAAAGAAGCAGCCUUGAAAGCUAUCGAAGAAUGGGGACAACCCAAAUCAAAGAUCACCCAUCUGGUCUUCGCAUCAAAUGGCGGAUUCGAAAUGCCCGGAGCAGACUACCAUCUGACCAAACUCCUCGGACUUAAUCCUUCAGUUAAACGUACCAUGAUUUAUAUGCAAGGAUGCUUUGUCGGAGGAACAGCGAUCCGAUUAGCCAAGGAUUUCGCUGAGAACAACAAGAACGCGAGAGUUCUCAUCAUCUGCACAGCGAUAACCUUGAUGAAUUUCCGCGGUCCAAGCGAGACUCAUCUGGACGACCUAGUCGGUCGAUCGUUGUUGGGCGACGGAGCAGGCGCCCUUAUAAUCGGAGCUGAUCCUUUGACGGUUGAGAAGCCGUUGUUCGAAUUGGUGUCUGCGGCGCAAACGAUUUUACCUGAAAGCGAUGGGGUGAUUGUGGGUUAUCUGCGUGAAGUAGGGCUGAUGCUUAAUCUGAGUAAAGAUAUUGUUAAGAUUAUAUCUAAGAACAUUGAGAAGGCCUUAGUGGAAGCAUUUCAACCAUUGGGGAUUUCAGAUUGGAAUUCGAUUUUCUGGAUCGCUCAUCCAGGUGGGCCGGCGAUACUUGAUCGAAUAGAGGCGGAGUUGGGAUUGAAAGAAAAGAAGCUUAGGGCGUCUAGGCAAGUGUUGAGCGAUUAUGGAAAUUUGUCCGGCGGGAGUGUGAUUUUUGUAAUGGAUGAGAUGAGGAGGAAAUCCAAGGAGGAAGGGUUGAAGACCACCGGAGAAGGGCUUGAGUGGGGAGUCCUGUUUGGGUUUGGGCCGGGAAUUACGGUGGAGACGCUGGUUCUCCGUAGCGUCGCCGUCGCAGUUUGAGUGCUUGAGUUACUUUAUGCUCUACUUUUAUUAUUACUCUGUUUUAUUUGAA